AAUUCUUCAAGUUUCUUCAAAAUCAUCAAUUUCGACUCUUCACUCUUUCUCUUCAUUGGAACAAAAGGACCAAACCUGAAACUACCUCCCACAUUAGGUAAUCUAAUCCUUGCAUAUAGACCCUCGUCCUAUUCUUCCAAUGGGCAUAGUUUGUGUCACAUCCCAGAACCCAAAUCCGAGGCGUAACAAACGCCGUGCACUCGUGAGAGGGUCCCACAAAUGCACAAGGCUCAGAACUUAUCCAAAUCACAAACUCUAUUCUCGCAAAAUCUGUUUUAAUACCAUAAAAUUCAAGGUACAAUCUAUCUUCCCAAAAUGAUAAUAUAUUCCAUAAAUCUAUGUCCAACAUGACUUAAACUCAAAAUAAUGAAUCAACUUACAAGGACAAUCUAAACUCAAAAUCUAUAUCCAAAUGCAAUAGCUAGCCAAUUAGCUCGUCACUCCCCUUGAUUUCCGUGUCGCGGGUCAUACUACCUGAAAUGGUGGACAAGGAAAAACUAUGAGAUAAACUCAGCAAGUAAAAUAUGGAGUGCCCUUAAUUAAACUUGUAGCAUGCCA